AUGACCACACCGGUUAGUACCAGGCUGUACUUUUACCCUCCGGGCGGCGCGCUGGCUGCGGACGUGUCCGUGAGUGUCCUCCCGCACGUGCUGCGCUUGCGCGGAGCGCUCGUCGAGCAGGCGGAGACACGAACGCAAGGUGCGGCCGUCGACGCGGCGAGAUGCUCCAGCGUCUCGUUCCUCUCCACCUCGGUCAGCAACUCUGGCGGUGCCGGUGCCUGCAUCGCCAUCAGCGGCGACAGCAACACGAUCCGCGACAGCACCGUCUCCGGGUGCGCGGGCGCGGGCGUCAGCGUCGACGGCGGCGACACGGAAACACUGCGCGGCUCAAACUCCUCCGUGGUUGGGAAUUCAAUCUCCAACUUCUCGCGGCUUGUGCGGACGUAUGCUCCCGGCGUCCACUUCGAUGGCGUGGGCCUGCACGUGGGCAACAACUCCGUCAGACACGCGCCGCACUCGUGCAUGACCGGUGGCGGCAGCAAUCACGUCUUCGAGCACAACCGGCUAGAGCACUGCGUGUACGAGUGCAUCGACGCGGGUGCCUUCUAUGUCGGCCGCUCGUGGGCCCAGCGCGGCAACGUCGUCCGCUUCAACGUCUUUCACACCGUCCGACCGACCGAGCGGCUGGCGCAGCGCUCGUGCUCGCAGAACGCUCUCUACCUUGACGAUCAGAUGUCCGGGUACGACGUGUACGGCAACACAAUCGUCAACGCGACGCAGGGCGUCCUGCUAGGCGGAGGGCGGCGCAACCGCCUGCACAACAACACCUUUGUCGCGUGCGACGUCGACGUCGCCUUCGACGCGCGCGGGCUCAGCUGGCAAAGGGCCUCCUGCCAGAAGAACUGCAGCGCGAGCAUGGGCGACUCGUGCGGCCUCGGCACCUCCACGACCUCGUGCUUCGCCAACGCCUUGCGCGCGGUGCACUACACGCGGCCUCCGUACGCCGCCGCCUUCCCGGAGCUGGCUUCAAUCUACCAGGAGCACCCGUGCGUGCCCGUUGGCAACGUGAUCGAGGACAACCGCUACUGCCAUGCUGGGAGCAAGGGCGGCGGGCUGUUUCUCGACCGGAGCGAGGCGCAGGUGCGGCAGUGGUACUCAUCGGUCUCGAACAACCGCGAGGCGUGCUGA